UUUAGGGUUAUCUGUAUAUCUUCUAGAUUGUCAUGGUGCCUAAAGGUUGAAUUUGUUUUUAGUUUUCAUAUUUUUCUUAUUAAUUAAGAAAUAAGCAAUAAUAAUAACAACAAGAUGAAUAGAUUGGUAAUGAACCACUGUCGUUGUAUGAAAAAGUCUUCUCUAUUAUGGGAAACCAGACAAUAUCAAAACAUACCGUAUAUAUCACUGUCAAGGUCACUCUGUUAUUACACCACACAACCACUGAAGUUGCAGCAUGUUAUCAAUCAGACACCAUCGAAUACAACAAUAUAUUCUCCAUUUUAUUUAAGACACUUGUCUACUAGCAAGUGUUAUUUAGAAAAGGAACCAUUGAAACCAUCUUCAAAAGUUGAAACAACAGUAGUAACAAUAAAAAAAGAAAUUGAAGAAAAAGAGAAGCUUCCAAAGAAACAAGAACCGAAAAAGAGUUUAAAAGAAAAAAUUAUGGCCGAACUCAGGCAUUACUACCAUGGUUUCAGAUUAUUAUUUAUAGAAGUGCGCAUUUCAGCGAGUUUGCUCUUUAAGAUACUAAGAGGAAAGUCUUUAACACGAAGAGAACAUAGGUUGUUAGUCACAACAAUUGGAGAUCUUUUCAGAAUGGUACCGUUUAUUGUGUUUAUUGCAGUGCCAUUCUUAGAAUUUGCACUACCACUUUUCAUUAAAUUAUUUCCCAACAUGUUACCAUCUACAUUUGAAAGUACCAGCCAGAAGGAAGCAAAGUUAAAACAACAUUUGAAGGUAAAGCUUGAGAUGGCCAAGUUCUUUCAAGAAACAUUGGAUCAAAUGGCACCCCAAGCUGGAAAUAGACAUUCUGAAUUGGCCAAGGAAUUCUCUUCAUUCUUUACUAAAAUAAGAACAUCUGAUGAUGUAGCAACUAGUGAAGAUAUUAUGAAGUUUUCAAAACUGUUUGAAGACGAAAUAACACUUGAUUCCUUACAACGACCUCAUCUUGUUGCACUGUGUAAAGUAUUAAAUGUGUCAACAAUUGGUACAAGUGCAAUGCUUAGGUUUAAUCUGAGAAUGAAAUUACGUUCUUUAGCCGCAGAUGAUAAUAUGAUAGCUAAAGAAGGUGUUGACAGUUUGAAUUUUAGUGAACUACAACAAGCUUGCAGGGCAAGAGGUAUGCGUGCUUAUGGUGUGUCUGAGGAGCGUUUACGAAAAGAAUUGCGGAAUUGGUUGGACUUAUCACUUAAUGAAAAAGUUCCACCAUCUCUAUUGUUGCUCUCUAGAGCUCUGAUGGUGCCAGAGCAUGUUCCCACAACAUACAAGUUAAAAGCUACAAUUUCAGCUCUACCAGAGCAUGUAGUUAUGCAAACUAAGGCAGCAAUUGGGGAAAAAGAGGGCAAAGUUGACUUCAAGACUAAAAUGGAAGUUAUUCGACUUGAGGAAUUGAGAAUUAAAGAGGAAAACAAAGAAUUAUUGGAAGCAGAGAGGGAAAAGCAAUUGCUUGAAACCAAAAAACAGCAAAAGGAGGAACUUAAGGACAAGGCUCCCAUUCUUCAAGAUAUUAACUCAGUGUUAGUGGAUCCUGCACCAGUUAUUGCCGUUGACACUCCAAAGCCGAAGACAGAUGAGGGAUUAUCCGCCAAGGACAUUGAGGUUAUUGAGGAUGCUUUAGAAAAAUUAGCGGAACAAAAGAAGUCUUUGCUUUUGGAGAAGGAAAGUAUUCAAGAGCUGAAGACUGAACUUUUGGAUUAUAGCGAGGAUGUUAAAGAGAUGGAUGAGAUUGUGAAGAGCAAACAGGCAGAUAUUAAACUUACCAAGGGAGCGAGGAGAUUAUACCGUGCCGUCAACAAUAUGAUAGGUAAAUUGGAUGCGGUUUUAGUGGAGCUUGAUAAUAAGGAAAAGGCUCUCAAAACGACAUUGGAGCAAACGAAAUCCGAACCGCAAAAGGCGAAGGAGCAAUUGAUACAGAUCGAUGAGCUGAUGCAUUCCAUUAAAAGUCUUCAGAAAGUCCCCGAUGAGGCCAAACUUAAGUUGAUACAAGAUGUCCUGGGUAGGCUGGACGACGACUUUGACGGGCAGUUGAAGAUUGAUGAUGUUUUGAAGAUGUUAGAAAUAAUAGGCAACGAGAACGUAAACCUCUCUGAGAAGCAGAUGGCGGAGCUGAUAGAGCUUCUGGAUAAAGAAGAGAUCUUGGAAGUGGAGAGUAAGAUAAAGAAAGCUCUGGAUAAAGCGGCCAUGGCUGCCAAGGAACAGGAUAAGAAAGACGAUGGCGAGGGCAAGAGUCUAUACGACUUAAUCCGUGAAGCGCAUAAACGGCGGGUCAUGAAGAAAAAGCAAGCUUCGGAAGUAGAAGCGCCGAUACCAAAGAGUGACGUCAAGGCAGAAGAAGGAAAGCGACCGGAAAGCCAUUGAUUUGUAAACGCUAGAUGUCGUUGCGAGCGAGAGAAAUAUUGUCAUCUCGUUCAGACGUAGGGCGUGAGAUAUGUGUUCUUACUUAUAUAAACACUGGUAUAGGGGUGCGAGCGAGAGAAGUGGUGUCAUCUCACUCUGAUGUAAGGGUUUGGGAUAUGCGUUCUCGCUAAUACAAAACACACAGGUGUUUUGUAUUAGUCGUACAGACGACCAUGAGAAAUAAUAUAGAUAUGAUUAUUUUGCGGAUUCGCUUGCACAUUGGGCUAAUCAGAGCGAUUAUUACAUACAAAAUAUUUAAAGUAUUUAAAAAUUUAAGACGUUAUUGAAAAUCGCACUGGAUUUUAACUUUUUAUCUGAACCCGUUUGACAGCGACAUCUCGAUAGGAUAAUCAAAUAAUAUUUAAAUACUUAGUACUUAUCUACGUCUGUAGGAUAAUGGUUCGGUUACGAAUCUUUACGUGGAAUGAUCGUAUGUAUUUCAAGUAUUGCGUUCCAAACUUAUUUUAUAUGGUAAGUGCCAAUAGGUGGCGUUGUAAUCAAAAUAUCAUUGGCAAAAGAUAAAAUUUAUAUAAAUGCCAUUGGUGCUUGAAUUUGCUAUGAUAAUUAGCACUCUCUUCCGGUUUGCUUUGUCAAAUUAGGAAGGACUUGUAUCGGAUUGAUAUCUUAUAUUUUUACCUUUUAUAUGUCUUUUCGAUGUAAACUAUGACAAUAAGCAUUUUAUUUAAAUAUAAUCACCAAACUAUUCCGUCACGUACAAAGUUUUUAUUUAUUCUAUGGUUCUGUUUUACCGUUCAGAAAUUUAUUAUUUAUCUGUGAUCACCUUGCUGUAGAUUGCUUUCGUUUAGUAGAUAUUAGCACAAAUUCUACUCUUCAUAUUGUUCAGUAUGACAAAAUGUAUGAAGUUUUAAUACUAAGUUUGUGAUAUAAAAGUAUGUAAAUGCAUUAAUCUUUCAUCGUGGGGCUGGUAAAUUGCAUAUAAUGCAAAUAAAGAAUCUAAACCUGUAAUUUAUUUGUGAAGAGUAUUAUUUAAAGUGUAUUUAUUUUAAAGUAUCUGUGAAGUAAUAAAUUACACAAUAUAAUAGAUGCUGAAAAGCCUUUAAGAUAAUAAAGAUGUCGUAAGAUUA